GAGGAGGUGGAGGAGGAGGAGGAGGUGGAGGAGGCGGCGGCGAGAAGAUGGCGACUUCGAACAAUCCGCGGAAAUUCAGCGAGAAGAUCGCACUGCACAAUCAGAAGCAGGCGGAGGAGACAGCGGCUUUUGAGGAGGUCAUGAAGGACUUGAGCCUGACGCGGGCCGCACGGCUCCAGCUUCAAAAGUCGCAGUACCUGCAGCUGGGCCCAAGCCGUGGCCAGUACUACGGCGGGUCCCUGCCCAACGUGAACCAGAUCGGCAGUGGCACCAUGGACCUGCCCUUCCAGCCCAGCGGAUUUCUGGGGGAGGCUCUGUCAGCGGCUCCUGUCUCUCUGACACCCUUCCAGUCUUCGGGCUUGGACACCAGCCGAACCACCCGGCACCAUGGUCUGGUGGACAGAGUAUACCGGGAGCGUGGCCGGCUCGGCUCCCCGCACCGCCGGCCCCUAUCCGUGGAUAAACACGGACGGCAGGCUGACAGCUGCCCCUAUGGCACUGUGUACCUCUCACCGCCAGCGGACACCAGCUGGAGAAGGACCAAUUCUGACUCUGCCCUGCACCAGAGCACAAUGACACCCACCCAGCCAGAAUCUUUUACGGGUGGGUCCCAGGAUGCACACCAGAAAAGAGUCUUAUUGUUGACAGUCCCAGGAAUGGAAGAGACUACAUCAGAAGCAGAUAAAAACCUUUCCAAGCAAGCUUGGGACACCAAGAAGACGUGGAGCUCAACCUACUGCCCUGAGACUGGUGGCUGGCUGCUAAUGGACUCGCCUACGGGGUCCAGGCCUAAGUCCUGUGAGGUCCCUGGAAUCAAUAUCUUUCCAUCCACUGACCAGGAAAACACUACAGCCCUGAUCCCUGCUGCCCACAACACGGGGGGCUCCUUGCCUGACCUGACCAACAUCCACUUCCCCUCCCCACUGCCCACCCCGCUGGAUCCUGAGGAGCCCACCUUCCCUGCGCUGAGCAGCUCCAGCAGCACCGGCAACCUUGCAGCCAACCUGACGCAUCUGGGCAUCGGUGGCGCUGGCCAGGGGAUGAGCACACCUGGCUCUUCUCCGCAGCACUGCCCAGCUGCCAUCAGCCCCCUAUCCCUGAGCACAGAGACAAGGCGGCAGCAGGCAUCACCCACCCUGUCCCCGCUGUCACCCAUCACUCAGGCUGUGGCCAUGGACGCCCUGUCUCUGGAGCAACAGCUGCCCUACACCUUCUUCACCCAGGCAGGCUCCCAGCAGCCACCGCCACAGCCACAGCCCCCACCGCCACCGCCUCCGCCUGCAUCCCAGCAGCCACCACCCCCGCCACCCUCACAGGCGCCUGUUCGCCUCCCCCCAGGCGGCCCCUUGCUACCAAGCGCCAGCCUGACACGGGGGCCACAGCCACCCCCACUUGCAGUCACAGUACCAUCCUCUCUUCCCCAGUCCCCCUCAGAGAACCCAGGCCAACCGUCAAUGGGGAUCGACAUCACCUCGGCGCCGGCUCUGCAGCAGUACCGCACUAGCGCUGGCUCCCCAGCCAACCAGUCUCCCACCUCGCCUGUCUCCAAUCAAGGUUUCUCCCCGGGGAGCUCCCCGCAACACUCUUCCACUCUGGGCAGCGUGUUUGGGGACGCGUACUAUGAGCAGCAGAUGGCGACCAGGCAGGCCAAUGCUCUGUCCCACCAGCUGGAGCAGUUCAACAUGAUGGAGAAUGCCAUCAGCUCCAGCAGCCUGUACAGCUCUGGGUCGACACUCAACUAUUCGCAGGCAGCGAUGAUGGGUCUCACGGGCAGCCAUGGGAGCCUGCCAGAUGCGCAGCAGCUCGGCUUUCCCAGCCACAGUGGCAUCCCCAACAUCAUCCUCACAGUGACAGGAGAGUCCCCACCCAGUCUCUCUAAAGAACUGACCAGCUCACUGGCUGGGGUUGGUGACGUCAGCUUCGACUCUGACAACCAGUUCCCCUUGGACGAACUCAAGAUUGACCCCCUGACCCUUGACGGACUACAUAUGCUCAAUGACCCUGACAUGGUCCUGGCUGACCCGGCCACCGAGGACACCUUCCGGAUGGACCGUCUGUGAGCGGGCACGCCGGCACCCUGCCGCCGCUCAGCGGUCCCAAUGGCAUCUCCCCAGCCUGGGGACAGCCGCACUUCGUCCCUUGCCAACGGCCGAGCUUGUGAUUCUGAGCUUGCAAUGCCGCCAAGCGCCCCCCUGCCAGCCCGUUCCUCGGUUGUCCACCUCCCAUGAAGCCCAGCGUGAAGCCACAUGCUGGGUUAACCGCCGGCCCGCCCAAGGCCAGGCUGGGAUCGGAGGCUGUGAGAUCCUCACCACCACAGACCCUCCCUGCAGUGGCUCCCUCACCCCCCAAAGUGGGGUAUGAGCUGUUUUGCAGGGUGAAGCAGGCGGGCAGGCUUGGGGGAGGGGCGCGCGCGUGGUUUUUUGCGGUGCAUUUUCCGACUGUUGUCCAGCUCUCACUGCCUUUCUUGGUCCCUGGUACCCCCACCCACCUGCCACCCCCAGCCUGUGUUAGGCAGAGAGUGAGCCCUACCCUGUCAAGGGAGAAGGUGUUAGAGCAAGGGGUGGACGCAAAGUAAAAUAAACACUAUUUUGACGGC